ACUGUAUACGAUUCAGACCAGACCAAGCUUCACAAGUCACAGUUUCAUAGACCAAGCUUCACACAUCAAGCUUCACUCCAUCGUCUUCUCCACUCAAGCAUUGGUGGACUAGAUCAGACUCUAUACGAUUCAGACCAGACCAAGCUUCACAGGCCACAGCUUCACAGAUCAAGCUUCACUCCAUCGUCUUCUCCACUCAGGGUUGAUCGAGCAACUCCUUCUCCACUGGAUCUCUCAUUGCUCAAGCUUCACAGGUCACAGCUUCG